GGAGUGAGGAAGGGAGCAGCUCGCCUCGAACGGGACCGCAGAUUUGUGAUAGCAUCCUGAGCUGGUGACAGACCGACUUUGUGACUUUCAGCCGGAUCCAGCCCCCACAUUCCAGAAAACAUGACCCUCGCUGCCUACAAAGAGAAGAUGAAGGAGCUUCCACUGGUGUCUUUGUUCUGCUCCUGUUUUCUGGCCGAUCCCCUGAAUAAAUCAUCCUAUAAAUAUGAAGCAGACACAGUGGACCUGAACUGGUGUGUAAUUUCUGACAUGGAAGUCAUCGAGCUGAACAAAUGUACCUCGGGCCAGUCCUUUGAAGUCAUCCUGAAGCCACCCUCCUUUGAUGGGGUUCCUGAGUUCAAUGCCUCCCUACCCAGGCGGCGAGACCCAUCACUGGAAGAGAUCCAGAAGAAACUAGAAGCAGCUGAGGAGCGAAGGAAGUACCAGGAAGCUGAGCUCCUAAAGCACCUGGCAGAGAAACGAGAACACGAGCGGGAGGUGAUCCAAAAAGCCAUUGAGGAAAACAACAAUUUCAUCAAGAUGGCUAAGGAAAAACUGGCUCAGAAGAUGGAAUCCAAUAAGGAGAACCGGGAGGCCCACCUUGCCGCCAUGUUGGAACGACUGCAAGAGAAGGACAAGCACGCGGAGGAGGUGCGGAAAAACAAGGAGCUGAAGGAAGAGGCCUCCAGGUAAAGCCCAGAGGCCAAAGA